AUGGCCACUCAAUCAUCUUCCCCAUUGCCUGCAUUCAGCGUCAAGGACUACGCUUCAUUCGCCGCCGCUGGUGCCGUCGGUUGUGGUGUCACCCAUGGUGCCAUGACUCCAAUUGAUGUCGUCAAAACCAGAAUUCAAUUGGAACCAACCGUGUACAACAAGGGUAUGCUUGGAUCGUUCAGACAAGUUGUGAGCACAGAGGGUGCUGGCGCCUUAUUGACUGGUUUGGGACCAACCAUUCUUGGUUACUCGAUGCAAGGUGCUUUCAAGUUUGGAGGUUACGAAUUAUUUAAGAAGCAAUUCAUUGAAUUUUUGGGUUACGAAAAGGCCAAGAACUACAAGAACUCCAUUUACAUUGGAUCUGCUGCUCUUGCUGAGUUCUUCGCUGACAUUGCUUUGUGUCCAUUGGAGGCUACCCGUAUCAGAUUGGUGUCUCAACCAACCUUUGCUAACGGAUUGGUUUCUGGUUUCUCCAGAAUCUUGAAGGAAGAAGGUGCUGGAUCGUUCUACAACGGUUUCACUCCAAUCUUGUUCAAGCAAAUUCCUUACAACAUUGCCAAGUUUUUGGUUUUCGAAAGAGCUGCUGAGGCUAUUUUCGGAUUCGUCAAGACUCCUAAAUCGGAAUUGUCUCAAUCCACUUUGACCACCAUCAACUUGGGUGCCGGUGUUAUUGCCGGAUGUGCUGCUGCUAUUGUUUCUCAACCUGCUGACACUUUGUUGUCCAAGGUUAACAAGACCAAGAAGGCUCCAGGUCAAUCUACUGUCGGUUUGUUGGUUCAAUUGGCCAAGCAAUUGGGUUUCACCGGUUCUUUCGCCGGUUUGCCAACCAGAUUGGUCAUGGUCGGUACUUUGACUUCUUUGCAAUUCACCAUCUACGGCUCCUUGAAGCAAGCUUUGGGUUGUCCAAAGGCCAUUGAAUUGUAA